AAGAAAGUUUGCAUUUCAAUGUGGACACGGUAGGAGCAAGGGUGAAAGGGGGAACAGGAGACAACGAGUUGGAGAUAUGAAACGAGUGUGGCUUACGAGCUUUCUCUGCAUGUCAUGUUUUUGGAAUGUUGGCUUCUCUCUGGAAAAUGGAAUGCUUUUCCCACGCGAAUCCCCUAGCCGCGAAAUCAAAGACCUGAGCGGGCUAUGGGCAUUCCGAGCUGAUAUUUCGAAGGACAGGAACUUGGGAUUUCAGAAAGCAUGGUUCCAAGGUCCACUGACCGAGACUGGUCCAGUGAUUGAUAUGCCCGUCCCUGCCAGCUACAAUGACAUUACCCAGGACGCCAAGCUCAGGGAUUUCAUAGGCUGGGUGUGGUAUGAGAGAGAAGUGUGGAUCCCAGGCCGCUGGCUGCAGGAUGUGGACCGCAGGAUUGUGCUGAGAGUGGGAAGUGCUCACUACUACUCUGUGGUUUGGGUGAACGGGGUCAAGGUGACUGAACAUGAGGGUGGCCAUCUUCCUUUCGAAGCGGACAUCGGCUCAGUCGCACGAAAAACCCCUGGAACGCCAUGCCGCAUCACAAUUGCUGUGAACAACACCUUGGACCUCCACACCUUACCACCAGGGUCCAUCCAGCACAUGAAUGACCCCAAAAGGUAUCCAGAAGGGUAUUUUGUGCAGAACAUUAACUUUGACUUCUUCAACUAUGCUGGCAUACACCGCCCAGUCCUUCUCUACACUACACCUGCUGUGUAUGUUGAUGAUAUCACAGUGCAGACAUCCUAUUCAGACAGUACAGGGAUCAUCAGUUAUCAAGUGUCUGUUCUGGGUAGUGACCAUGCCACAGUGAAGGUCUCCCUCACGGACAAGGAUGGGAAAUGUGUAGCCUCUUCUAAUGGAGCCAGUGGUGUCCUCAAAGUGCUCAAUGUCAACCUGUGGUGGCCCUACCUGAUGCAUGCAAAUCCAGGAUACAUGUACUCUAUGGAGGUACAGGUGUCGGCAGAAGCCAAAAAUGGUGUUAAAGAGGUGGAUUCGUACACUCUACCGGUUGGCAUCCGCACGGUCCAGGUCACCAACACCCAGUUCCUCAUCAACAACAGACCCUUUUACUUCCACGGCGUGAACAAGCACGAGGACUCUGAUAUCCGAGGGAAGGGUCUGGAUUUGCCUCUCGUUGUGAAGGAUUUUAACCUGCUCAAGUGGCUCGGCGCCAACUCCUUCCGUACCAGCCACUACCCCUACGCCGAGGAGAUCCUGCAGAUGUGUGACCGCCAUGGCAUCGUCGUCAUAGACGAGUGCCCAGGAGUGGGCAUCAAAGACAUACGCAGUUUUGAUAACACCUCCCUGGCCCAUCACCUGAUCGUUAUGGACGAGCUGGUGCAGAGAGACAAGAACCACCCCUCUGUGGUCAUGUGGUCUGUAGCCAAUGAGCCGGCAGCUGAGAUGCCCCCAGCGGGGUACUACUUCAAGACACUGGUAUCUCACACAAAAUCCUUGGAUGCGACGCGACCAGUGACGUUUGUGACGGACAGUAACUACGCCAGGGACAAAGGAGUAAGACUCUCUGCUGCACCCUAUGUGGACGUCAUUUGUGUGAACAGCUAUUUCUCCUGGUAUCAUGACCCUGGCCACACCGAGGUCAUCUCCAUCCAGCUGAACACCCAGUUUGAGAACUGGUACGAAAUGUACCAGAAGCCCAUUAUUCAGAGCGAGUAUGGGGCGGACGCUGUACCUGGACUGCACAACGAUCCUCCUAUGAUGUUCACAGAAGAGUACCAGAGAACAGUCCUACAAAGUUACCACAAUGUGUUUGACCAGAAGAGGAAGAAAUAUGUCAUAGGCGAGCUCAUUUGGAAUUUCGCGGAUUUUAUGACGGCACAAACCAUCACUCGUGUUGUGGGGAACAAGAAGGGCGUCUUCACGCGUCAGAGGCAGCCCAAAGCUGCAGCCUUUCUCCUGCGGGACCGCUACUGGAGAAUAGCCAAUGAGACGGGCAUGCUUCCGGUCUGGGCUAAGUACCCCUGCUCUUAACGCGAGGCCUAGACUCGGCUGUGAGCACAGAGAAAUGGGCACUGUAUGGGAGGCGUACAGCCGCCUAAGUGCCUUACAAGAUUUGUUGUUGUUGUUGUUGUUACUAUACUUAAAUGUGAAUCUACAUCAGAGCUGGAAUUGUAUUGUAGUUUUGUAUAAUCCCAGCAAUGCCUGAGAAUUGUAUUUCAGUUCAUGUGGCUCUCCACAUCAGGUGAUGUGCUUUUGUUUUUAUUUGUUUUUGUUUAUCACUCAUUUGAGUGCUAGGAUUCGAGUGGGGAAAACACACAUGCACAAACACAGAAUUGCUUCGGUGGUGGAAAAAAAGGUGAACUUUUUGUGUGAAAUUUUUCACAAAAAAAUUUUGGCAGACCUAGCAGACGUAUCAUAACUCUUAACUAAAUACUACCAUUGAUUCAUCAUCUAUCAUGUUUUAAAGCAACACUAAAGAGUUUUUUUGUACCUUAAAAUAAUGUUUCCAAAAUCAUUUCAGUGGUUCAUCAACUCGUAACAGUGUAAACGGCACUUUUGCAUUCACUUUGCGUUCCUCUAUCGCCUAUAACCGCACUAUGAAGUUUACCAGAUCAGGUAGCGGAUCUGUUGUCAGAUGGAAUGAGACAUAAAAAAAUACAAAUUUGACUUCAAUGUCGCAGUUCUGCUUCGAUAUUCGCAAUACAAUCAUACUUUCAUAAGAUCUUGCAAUAUAUUCUACCUUGUCUGUGGACAUCGUUGUUUGCAGCAUAAACAAAUAGCGUGCGUGCGACAGAGAAGUGCUUUAGUGUUGCUUUAAUAUGGCUGUGGCAGCAUACUUAUUUUGACUGUAACACUGAAGUCGCUUUGCCUUUAUUGCUGACAAGCACACCAGUUAUCAGUGUCCCUCCUUUGAAACACAGUCCAUCAAUUCACCCUUUGUGUGGAGAACAUUCCAAACAUCCAUGACAUUCCACCUGCUUUUACCUUGCACCAAUAUACACUGAAAUUCUUGAACUGCAGCCUCUGAGCAUACACAGUAAAACCCCUUUAGCAAGGAUAUGAAAAUGCACUAGUUCCAAGGACUAGUCACAUGACUUGUGUCAUAUUCAAGUUGUUCUAAAUCUUGCCCUUGAGAUGGGGGGGGGAAACAGGAAGAUGCUGUGCUCUCUCUGAACCAGUAACAUUAUGUGCAGCUGGCCUGUCCUUUUCCUUUUGGAUUGUCCUGUCCAAAUGGCAUGAAGCACUUGAAUGUAAAUGUGACACCGUUGCCUGUCUAUAGGUUCCCAGAGGAGAUAAAUCAUGUGCGCCCACUGUACUGUAACUAUAAGUAGCAGAGCUACCAUAAAGAUGUCCGAGUCACGACCGGGUUGAGUUAAGUACAGGCCGUCUCCAUUUAGUGCGGAAUACCAGCAGGUUGAGGUGACUCUAUACUGCCAAACCAUUGCAUUGGCUUCUAAUGGUUAAUUCUGUGUAUUAUAUUAUUGCAGAAAACAUCAUUGCAGGCAUUCCUUCCUUCUAUGCUGGACAAUGAUCCAUGAGAUUGUAUGUCAUUUUUUAAAUCAAUAGAGAGUACAUGUGUGUACAUUUGUCUUAAUCAUGCUGAAAGAACUCAGAAUGUUAUUUUUCUAUAUCAAUAAAAUAAAGUUUUAAAAAA